CGCUCCUCCUGGCGCUGGCGGCCGCCGCAGGAGCCGCAGGAAUAGAAUUUCUUCAUGCUGUGUUUUUAAAACUAUUUUUGGAUAAAAGGCUGAGGUUUUCUCGUAUAUUCCUAAGGAUGUUCUAAAUACGAGCACGACACAAUUCCUGUGAUCAAAGCUCUUGCCCCUGUUCUUUGCCUCUGGUUUUGUUGGUGAGGAAUUCACAGUGAUGUCUGCAUUCAACCUGCUGCAUUUGGUGACAAAGAGCCAGCCAGUGGCCCUGCGAGCCUGUGGGCUUCCCUCAGCUUUCCGUAAUUUGUAUCACCAGAGACGUACUAUUACAGAUGGCUCUUCACAUGAUCUGAAAGAAAAUAAAAGGUCAUGUAGGGAUAAAAAAGACUGUAAGGUGGUCUUUUCCCAGGAGGAGCUGAGGAAGCGGCUGACACCCUUGCAGUACCAUGUCACUCAGGAGAAGGGGACCGAAAGUGCCUUUGAGGGGGAGUACACACAUCACAAAGCUCAAGGAAUAUACAAAUGUGUUGUUUGUGGAACUCCUUUAUUCAAGUCAGAGACGAAGUUUGACUCCAAUUCAGGUUGGCCUUCCUUCUAUGAUGUGAUCAGCCCCGAUGCAAUUACUCUCACUGAUGAUUUCUCCUAUGGGAUGCAUCGGAUUGAAAUAUCCUGCAGUCAGUGCGGGGCUCACCUGGGGCACAUUUUUGAUGAUGGACCUCGUCCAACUGGCAAACGGUACUGCACAAACUCCGCUUCCUUAUCCUUCAAACCAGCAGAGAAGAACAACGCCGGGGAAGGCAGCAGUAGCACCAGUCCUGCCCCGACAGGCAAAGCUGAGCUGUAGGACAGCGCAAGCCCCACGAAAAGCUGCUCUGAUCCCACACAACUUACAAGGAAUGUUUGCUAAGUUGCCUGCUACCUUAUAUCCUAAGAAUGUGUAAAUGUGUGAAGGAAGAAUUUUGCACCAUCCUUUUUCUUCCUCUCCUUUGUGGAACUGAGGCCUUGCCUGCCAGUGCAUUUCACUAUAUAAUUGGGUUGAAAAACAUGUUGACUGACUCUACAGCAUUUUUUUUUAAUAGAUUGCUUUGAGGAACCCUUAAUUCAAGAGGCUUUGGCACUAUGAGUUACUAGUUUCUCCUCAGUGCUGCGUUGCUCUAGGUUUGAACAGUAAUCCUUCUUGUGUGGGAGACAGCAGUUGUGUUUAUCUCCAGCUUAUAGGAAACUUCUGGGCAUAAGAAAUCCUGAAUUCCCAGCACAUCCAUGCUUUGUUCUGACUUGUGAGGCAUGCAGCCUUUGGUCAUAUGCAUUCAGCCAUCUCCCGGUAUCAGCCGCACCCUGCAAAAACUUGUAUUUAUGGCUGUUCCUUCCCAACUAGAAGAGAUGGAUGAGAUGCAAAGCCCAUCCUUUGGCUAAUUCCCUGCCAACAUUUCAAGGGUGUGGUUGAAAGGGUGUAAACAUUGUCUCAGCAUCUAUUUUUUCCCCUUUGUUUGGUAUUUAAAUCAAGGUUUUAACUAGUAAGGCUCACUUAUGCAGGCUACUAAUGAGACUUUGUCUUUUUCUGAGGCCUGAAAUCUGAAUGAAAGCUGAAAUCUGCAGGGGGCCAUUGUAUGGGCAAGUGAAGAGAUAAACUGGAGAACUGAAGAAGAUGCAGAAUGACACUGGGCUCUUUAUAUUGUCAAGGUUUCAGAAACAGGACAGUUUCUGCUGAAAUGCAGUUUAAGAAUGCAGCAGGAAGAGGGAGACCCUCUGGAAACACAGAGUUUUAAGGUCUAGUUAGCCUGGGUGUGUACUGCCUGCAAGGCCACAGCCUUCAUUUUGGGCAACUGCGACGCAGGACAUGAGCGAGGGGGUUGGUUUAAGAAAAAAAAAAAAAUGGAAAAAAGCCUGUCAGAACUGCAACAAUUAUCAUGUAGUGAAAUUUGCUGUCCCAUCAGGUGCUUUUCACAGCUGCUUUUAGAUUUUGUUGGAUAAGUUUGACUCGAAUCGUGUAUAAUGCCGUUCUUUAAGCUGUAAGACACAGUAUUUGCUGACACCGCUUUGCCUAUAAGUAUUGUGAGACUUAAUGAAUAUAGGAUUUACUUUUAUUAGCAAACUGCAUAACUAACAUGUUUGAAUCUAAUUUUAUUUCCAGGAGGUGCAAAACAGCCACAGAGUUUUAUGAAAGCAGGACUGAGGUUUAUAUAUCGGUGAUAAUAAACACAUUACCUAAAGUACAAACAUCCUUCAAUUAAAAUAUCGGAACUGUAAAAGCAUGCAGAAUGGCCAGAAUCGCCUUUUUUGUUGUUGUUGACAUAAGAACUGCAUGAAAAAAAAUAUACAGUACCUUAACAUAGAAUAGAUGCAAA